AUGUAUCCGUUUGGGAAUAGUUCUGAGGACUCGGGACAGGACCACAACGACCAUGGAAACAAUGAUAACCCCAAUUCUUCCCCAAGAAUCUUUCACGAUCCAGAAGUAUACUCAGACAGAGGCAGAAUGAACUUAGGGGUUAGCGGUAGGUCCUCACCACAAAAGAGGAACUGGAGGUCAUCAAGGGAUUCUGGCGAUGGUAUAGAUUCUAUUGCAAAGAUGAUGGCUGGCAGUGGCCGGUCAGAAUCACCAAAGUCAGGUUUCUUCGACAAUGCUGGAAGUAUUGGUGAGGCAAUAAGUAAACUCAUCGCCGCGUCAAAAAGACAGGCUCAAAGGGUGACUCCACUGUCGUUGGAUAAUGCAAUCGUAAACGAAGAAAAUUUAAGUAAACAAGAAAAAAUCUUGAAGACUCUCAGCAGCUAUGCUGUUAGGAAAGGCUUAUCAGAGAAGGCGUUAGAAAGAUGGCAUGAAAUUGCGAUUAGUUUUAAUGAAUUCUCGAGAAAUAUGGCUGAUUCUAAGAUUUGGGAAGAAUACAUGCCAAAUGUGUUCAAUAAAAAUACAAAAAUUAUAAUUUCUGGGCAAUCUAAUGGCGAAAAUAAGUGUUUCAAUCUUUGUUUUCCGAUGCUUUGUGUGAUUUGGGAGGUAUUACGACGUUGUGGACAAGAAAGUUUAGAAACGAAAACAUCAAGACCACGAGCUCAAGUUUUGAGUAAUGGCAGUAUUAUUAUAGAAGAUGAUACGUGUUGUACAGGUCAUUGGAAAGGUGGUAGCAAUAUAGAGCGUAGAAUUUGCACUAGAGCCUCAUUAGAUUUGAAUUUUAUGGUGCAGUGGCUGGAGGUCAGAUUUAUGGACAGAGCGGCAGAUGAUUGGUAUGCACUAGAUGAAAUGCUACGAGCAUCUAUCUCUAACUCAUAUAUGAUGAACAAACUAGCUCAAUUGGUCGAAUUAACACAGAUGCUAAGUGGUACGCCUCAAACGAUUCCACAGGUCCUUACUGACGGUUCGAUAUCCUCAUCAGCAGCAUCGUCCAAUGAAACGGCGGUCGAAGAAUUUCAUUCUCACAUGAAAGAGUUUUCCAACCUUUCAGACACAAGCAGACACCAAAAAGCCAGGAGAACAUUUCAAAUGACAGAUGUGAUGUCAAGUUUAACAGAUCUAUUAAUUUAUCGAAAAGAAAAACAAAUAGUUAGCCCAUUGGAAGCGCUAGAUCGCUACGUUUCAAACAACCAAACUUCUAACUCAACACACUUGGGGGAAAUGGUUCCAGCUAAUAAAACUGCAAAGAUGGAAAAUCUUCCAUAUAAUCAUGGUACUCCAUCAACCGUGGGUUGUAACAGUAGUCCCGAAAAUCCAUCAACAGUUUUCUUAUCGAGGCAAAGGACGCCUGGUAUAAGGAAGAAACCUAAAAAGAAAACGACAGCAUUGACAGCAGCAUCCUCAACAUCAUUGGCAUCAUUAAGAUUAACUUCUUCCAGAAUAUCAAAAGAUAAAACCGGCGGGAGUAAUGCGAUACCAGGUACUAAAAAGAUAAGGUUUUAA